AUGCUCGACAAAAUCCCUAUUUUUCUACUUUUGGCGGUCGCCAACGCCGAAGACGUCACUCAAAGGCAGCUGAAGCCGGUGAAAGGGGUCGCCACUCAACGUACCGCCCGAUUUUUAAACAAAUUGUAAAUUUUUCUGGUUUUCAGGCCUAAAUUUGUAUCAGCCGUCGUCGGGCGGCACGUUCCGAUGUCUGGACGGUUCACGAACAAUCCUCUACGCGCAGCUCAACGACGACUACUGUGAUUGUGUCGAUGGGAGCGACGAGCCGGGCACCUCCGCCUGCGGAAACGCCUUCUUCUACUGCUCGAACGUCGGCCACACCGGCAACUUCAUCCCCACGAAUCGAGUGAACGACAAACUGUGCGAUUGUUGCGACGGAUCAGACGAGUACGCGUCGGGCGUAGAGUGUCCGAACAUUUGCGACGAGCUGGGACGGGCGGCACGCGUCGAGCGGGAGAGGGUGUCGGCGAUCGCGCGGAAGGGCUUUGCGAAGCGGCAGGAACUGGCGAAAGAGGGCCAGGCACUCAGGGAUGCCAAGUUGAGGGAUGUGGAGCCGUUGCGGGCCGAGAGGGCGCAGCUGGAACCUUCAAGGGCCGCGUUGGAGGCGAGCAAGAAGAGCGCCGAGGAGGCCGAGAAGAAACUUCAGGUCUCGCUUCGAAAAUCUUUUAAAAAAUCUGACACUUUCAAAUAACACACAUUUCAAGGUGUGGUGCGUGCAUUCUUUCUUCUUGCUCCAACCGCUUCUUCGCCUAUCAAAAUUGCCGGCUUGGCGCAAUCGAAUCGAUAUUUUUUAGCUAGUUCUUGACAAAAAAUGACUUGUUGACCACGAGUUUCGUGCGAACUUUUAAAUUCGGUUUUGAAAAAAUCGGCAAUUUCGAGGUGCGGAGGGGCUUAGAGAGCGGAAGAGCGCGAUUGCUAGAAUUCGCCGUCUACAAUUUGGAUCUUUAUUCAAACGUACUAAAAAAAGUGUUCAGGAUGAGCAUCGCGAUCGGUGGCAAGCGGUGAAGGAGGAGAAGAAGAAGGUGCGCGCGGCGGAGAUGUUCGACGAGAUGGAUUUAGACAAGAGCGGCAAGAUCGACAGGGAGGAGCUGCGGUUGAAUUUGUUCCUCGACGAGAAUCACGACGGAUUCGUCAGCGAGGACGAGAUUAAGACCUAUUUGAGUGUCGGUACGCUUCUAGGGCCUUUUUUUUCAAUUCCUAGUACACCUUUUCCAACUUUCAGACGAAGCGGACCUGGACCACUUCCAAAAGCUGAUGUACGAUCGUUUAAAGGGCGCGAAACAGCACUACGAAGAGGAGCAGCGGGUGAAGACGGAAAUGGAAGCGGAAAAGGCGAGAGCGCUCGAAAACGCGCCCGACGACGACGAUCUUCUGGCCGAGGAGGACCGGGAAGAUCAUCAUGAGACCCAUGAAACUGUGGGGGAGGAGGAGGAGGAUCGGAUGCCCGAGUACCCGCCGGAAGUGAAGACGGCGCAGGAGACGGCACGUGAAGCGAGACGUCAAUUCGACGAGGUCGAUCAGAAGGUCCAGGACAUCGACGCGAGGAUCCGCGAGGCCGAAGACUUUUCGAAUCAGGACUACGGGGCGGAUCUCGCGUGGGCGGCGCUCAAGGACAAGUGCUUCGAUCGAAAUGUGCAACAGUACACUUAUCAGUUCUGUCCGUUCGGACAGAAUACGCAAAAGGAUACGGGCGCGUACAGCGGCACCAGUCUGGGCAGUUUCAAGAAUUGGAACGGCGCCGAAGGGAACAAGUACGCGAGUCAGCGGUAUGGAGACGGGCAGCAGUGCUGGAAUGGUCCCAAGCGGUCGACUGAUGUGAGGACGAUUUAGCAGGAAAUUGCUUUAUUUUUAGAACAAUUCACAUGUUUUGAUCUGAAAAGCCACAUUUUUUGGAUUUCCAGUAAUUUCCAACUUUAAACAUUUUCGUAUUGCAGGUGGCCAUCGAAUGCGGCGAGGAGAACGAGUUGGUGGAGGUGACGGAGCCGGCGAAAUGCGAGUAUCACUUCACGUUCCGCACUCCGCUCGCGUGCCCGGAUCCGGACAAGGAAGUGAUCCACGAGGAGCUCUGA